CCACUUGAUGGUGGUUUUUACCAUAUACCUUGUGAUAUCCAAAACAACAUAACAAAGUAGGGGGAAACAUGGCGAGCGAAGAGGAGGCCAGAAGAUACCCCUCGGUUACCUCCUCUUCGGUUGGCCUGGAGUCUCUGUUCCCUGCGGGGUCUUCGGGGCAGGUCUGCGGGGACGUGAACCCGGAGCUCGUCCUCCUGCGGGAGCGUCUUCAGGGUUUUCUCUCGCAGUACGAGUCCAUGCUGCUGUGGCUGCAGAGGCUGCUGGUCUGGGAAAGGCCGUUGUACAGCAUCACUGUCGCCUUGACACUCAACACAUUAUUCUGGCUCCUGUCAUCCACCUCCCUGCGGCCUCUGUUCCUGUUGAGUGUGUCCCUGCUGGGACUGAUGCUGCUGGAGAGAUGGAAGCACAAGUUGCCCAUCAUUACCAUUCAACAUGGAGAGGCUCCUACUGAACAACGUGACGCGAUGAGUGUGGAGCAGCAUCUGCUCAGUAUUCCUGAGCUCAGCCACCACCUGGCUGAAAGCUACCUGACCUACUCCCUGUACCUGCAGGAGACGCUGCAGUACAAACGACAGAACCACGGCAAGUUCUGUGUGAUGAUGUGCAGCGGCUGUUUUGUACUUGCUGGGGUUGGGCAUUAUGUACCAGGAAUCAUGAUCUCCUAUAUUAUUGUCCUGAGCGUGCUGUUGUGGCCGCUGGUGGUGUACCACGAACUGAUCCAGAGGAUGUACACGGGCUUGGAGCCGAUCCUGAUGAAACUGGACUACAGCAUGAAGGGAGAAACCGAGCACCGCAAGCACGACAAGAGAAAGGUGAAGAAGGAGGUAGAGGAGGGGGACGAGCCGAGAGCCGAAACCGAGAGUGACAGUGAGGAGGAGCUGUCCCUGUUCGCCCCGACGGUGGAUGUGAAGACCACCGCUCUAGCGAUGGCCAUCACAGACUCUGAGUUGUCGGAUGAAGAGGCAUCCAUCUUGGAGAGUGGGGGGUUCUCAGUGUCCAGAGCCACCACUCCCCAACUCACCGACUUCUCUGAAGACCUGGACCAGCAGAGUUUACACAGCGAGCCGGAGGAGUCCUACUUGCGGGAUCUCCCCGUGUUCCCCUCGGUUGAGGAGUUCCCAUCCAUCGAGCGCAACCUGCUCCACUUCCCCCUGCGAGGCCAGGGUGACGCAGCCCAGGCCGGUGCUCAAUCAGAGAGGGAACCGUUGAGCCCCGUCAGCCUCCUUAUCCAGCACCUAGCGUCUCCGCUCCACUUUGUGAACACGCACUUCAACGGAUACGGACGACCACCCAGGGGUGAGGAGGGCGUGUUACCCGUGGCGGGGGAAGCGGGGGCGCGGGAGGCGGAUGAGAAGGAAGCUGCAGGAACCCAGGGACCACAGCAGUCCUUGGAGGCCUUGAGCGAGGAGAUAGUGACCACAGCCAUCUCCACUGUGGUGCAGAACACUCUGUCGGCCCUGCUGCGCUCCAGUGAGUCCAGCGAGGACCCCUCCCUGGCUGAGUUCCUUCCCACUGAAAUCCCACCGGGUGCUCUGGAGACCUCCACCCCAUCCACUGACACCACUGCUAACACUACACAAGGAGCCAACGAGGACCUGAACGAGGCGAUCACGACAGAAAGCGGCACCGGAGAGGAGAUGCCCGACGACGCGCCAGUUCCCACCGAGGAAGAGGACUUUGAGAUUCUGGACCAAAGCGAACUGGAGCAGUUUGACGAGGGGCUGGACCUGGUCUCUGACAGACAGGCGGUGGGAGGAGCCUCAGGAGCUCCAGAGACGCCACCGUCCCCUCAGCAUCAACCACAGUCAUAGCUUCCCCGUUAUCUCCUCCUGGCCUCAACUGGCAUGUUUUUAUUUGUCCGUUAGACCUACAUUAUAUCCACACAUACUGCUAUAUACGAAACAUUUAUCAAAGAGUUUGGCGUUUAAUGCAGUUGGUCGGUGAUUGUUUGGCAUAUGGUUGAGAUUACUUGGUGCGUUCUGCUUUCAUAGAGGCUUUCUUGUGGCUUGCCUCAUCGUAUCAUCUUCAAUGAGAGCCGGUUCAGAGUUGGCAUCUAACAUUGAUAUUGGCUUGAUAAAUUAUGAGGCAAAUUUCUUACGGCGUAGUUUAAAAAAAAAAAAAAAAAAACGGUCCAUGUUCCGUCUCACGUGAGAAUAAAGAUGCCUUUAUUUUCCACCUGGCUAAGAGCUUAACGCUUCCACCUCGUUUUCGUUCAAAUGUUUAUCUAGAUGGUGUCAUGAAGAGUUGAAAUGUUGGAUUAUAUAACUAUUAAUAUAUGCUAUAAAUUAUUUUAUUUAACGGUCAGUCGCUGAAACUUUGUUAUAUUGAGGGGGUGGGAGUUUAAAAGCAAAUUGAAUCCCCUCAGUUGCCCAUAAUGAUUGUAUGAUAACUGUUUAUGACACCAUGAACGUCCAGGUUUCAAAUGUAGUUGCGUAUUCCCAGAGUUCGACUUAGUCAAACAACAGUAUCAUCCUUCACUUUAUCCGUCCCUCCAAAAGUCUCCACGGUUCCAGUUUUGACAGAAACAUUCAGUCUUUCACUUGUUGCCUGGAAAUGGAAACGUAAUCUUUGACAUUGUUGGAUGUUGACCAGUAGUAGAUCUUCACCCAUACACACAAUUGACUUUGAUGUAACGAGAUAAUGUUCCCGAAGCUCCUCUAUGUGAUUGAUGCCUCAUUUAUAUUUGCGGAUUUAAUUUGACGUCAUACGCACUUAUGGAGUGGAAUUUAUUCUUUAUCUACAACUCUGUUGAAAGACACGCACUUCUUGUUUGAUGGGCCCCGCUCUACCUAUCUGUUACUUGUAUAGUCCUCACUCGGAUAUGUAUAUUUACCAAAUAACCUUCUCUGUGCCAUGACAAGUCCAUGCAUGGAUCACGCACGUAUUUACCAUAAUCGAUACCUGAGGCGUUACUGUUACUGGAGCAGAUUUAGUUUCUGUUUUUGGAAGGACAUGAUGGUUUAAAGACAUAUUAUGUAUCUGCUGGGGAUUUGUGGGAAACUUUGGACAUGACAAAAAGAAAGCUAGCACUAUGCUCGACUGCUUUUGUGAACCACUCGGCAUCCAAAUCUCAGGGGUGGGUUGUACAAAUUGAAUAUAACAUUGCAGAACAUGUGUCCAUUUCCCGACUUGUCGUAGUGCACUGUAUCUGUACUAACCUUUCCUUUUUUUUCCCAGUCAACGCCUCCUUGUGUAUAGUGUAGAAACGCUACAUGUAUAUUCUGCAUGUAAAAUCAGCACUCUGUUCAAGUUCUCCUUGUCAGCUGACAAAGUACUGAGAAGAAAAAUCAAUUUGAAUGUUUCAGGUUAAAAGAGCCCAUUAAAUUCAGUUUGUUUAAUAUUUCAUUACCAACGAGGGGAAGGUGAGUUUAUGUCUUUAUUUUCAGGACUGUAAAUGGAAGUAGGUGGCAAGUGAUAACACCAGAUGUAGAGGAUAUUAACAGACUAGUUUGUGUAUGGUAGUGUGUUUUAUGCUUUAAGUAUCGCUUAUGGAACUAUAACAAAUACACUUACUGAACUGUACAAUUUAUAAAAAAAAAUAAAAAAAGCAAUAUAUUUUCUAAUUUCUCCUUUUUCCAUAAAGUACUCAGUUUGAUCUUUUACAUCUAAAAACAUAACAGCUAUGGACGAGUUUCACGAAGCGGAGAAGAUUUAUUGUCAUUAAACUGGUCAAAUAAAAGUGACACCACAUGUGAAAGUAAGAGAAUAAAAGAACAAACUGAAACAAA